GUCGUCGCUAUCAAAAUCGAGGAGAUAUGGGUUUUUUACUAGACUCUACGAUACUACCAGAAGAUCACCGAGCUCAUAGGAUACAAAGGAAUGUCUUCAUAAAAUUGUAAUGUAUCUCAAAUUGUUCCGAGUCGAUAGGACGUUCACCCAGGUAAUUCCUUCGGACGACGUGAAAAAGUGUCUAUCCCCGCUUGACCAACUUUGCAAGCAGUGUAUGAUAGAUUGUCAAUAUACACUCAGAAGCAGUGGCUUCCUGUGUGGCGCCAAUCUUAGCCUAUUGAAACGCGUUUUCUAAUGCCCUGCUCUCUGCCCAAUGGAUCACCGUAAUCGCAGUGCCAACAUGCUGAGCCAAUUUUGGACAGCGAUGUUCGACUUCGAGGCAGGGGCGGAAGACGAGCUGAGUUUUAGACAAGGAGACCUUAUCGAGGUCCUUUCUCGGGAUUAUAAAAUAUCUGGCGAUGAUGGUUGGUGGACUGGCAAGCUGAAAGAAAAGAUCGGUGUAUUUCCUAGUAACUAUGUAUAUCAUCACGUCAGACAAACCCUUAAUACUGUGGGGAAUAAGGGCUUCGGAAAUAAUAGAAGGGAUAUACACAUACCUUUUGAAAUGAAUUUUAAUGAAUUAAUUCUAAGUGAAGUUAUUGGUGCAGGGGGGUUUGGAAAAGUAUACCGCGGGAUUUGGAGAGAUGAAGAAGUUGCUGUCAAAGCUGCUCGACAUGACCCUGACGAGGAUAUAAGUGUAACGAUGGAAAGUGUUCGCCAAGAAGCUAAAUUAUUUUGUAUACUUUCGCAUCCAAAUAUUAUACACCUGAAGGGUGUAUGUUUGAAAGAACCAAAUCUUUGUCUUGUACUUGAAUAUGCCCGAGGUGGCGCAUUGAACAGAGUACUAUACGGUCGGCAUAUACCGCCAGAUAUUCUUGUUGACUGGGCGUUACAGAUAUGCAGAGGAAUGAAUUAUCUUCACUGCGAAGCACCAGUGCCUCUCAUUCACAGGGAUCUUAAAUCUAGUAAUGUUCUACUUAGUGAAAAAAUAGACAAUAAUGAACUUACAAAUAAAACAUUGAAGAUCACAGACUUUGGUCUUGCCAGGGAAUUGUACAAGACAACUCGUAUGAGUGCUGCAGGGACAUAUGCUUGGAUGGCUCCUGAGGUCAUUAAGACGUCUAUUUUCUCAAGAGCUAGUGAUGUGUGGAGUUUUGGUGUGCUAUUAUGGGAAUUACUUACUGGUCAAUUACCAUACAAGGGUAUUGAUGGCUUAGCAGUAGCAUAUGGUGUAGCUGUCAAUAAACUCACACUGCCGAUACCCUCUACAUGCCCUUCACCAUUCUCAAGAAUCAUGGAGGAAUGCUGGCAUGCAGAUCCUCAUAAACGGCCAUCAUUCCAUGAAAUUUUGGACCAACUAAAUGAAAUUGCUGAAUCUUCUUUUAUCAAUACACCAUAUGAAUCAUUCCAUUCCAUGCAAGAAGACUGGAGAGUGGAAAUUGAAGCUAUGUUUCAAGAACUUAAGAUGAAAGAAAAGGAGUUACGUUCACGAGAAGAAGAGCUCUCCAAAGCUGCUUUACAGCAGAAACUACAAGAAGAGUGUCUCAAGAAACGUGAACAGGAGCUAGCCGAAAGGGAGAUAGACUUGCUUGAACGAGAACUGAACAUCAUGAUUUUACAGCAACAGCAAGAUAAACCAACACCAAAGAAGCGAAAAGGAAAAUUUAAAAAAGGUAGACUCAAACUGAAAAAGGAAGGUGGAAAAAGAAUCAGUAUGCCUUCUGAUUUUCAGCACAAGAUUACUGUUCGUCCGUCGCCUCCUCCAGAAAGGAGAGGUCCUCGGCUUCCUAAUAGUCCAGAUAGCCCUCAUAGCCCUCCUGCAAGUCCUUUACCAAGGCUCAGAGCUAUAGCAUUACCCCCAGGAAACAAACCUCAGGUAAAAGGCAAAACAUGGGGACCAAGCUCUGUUCACCAACGUGAGAAGGAAAGACGGAAACAGGCUGCCAAACUACGCUCAUUGGCUGAUGGAAAUAGUAAAAUGUGGUCUAGCAGUGCACCUAAUCUUGGCAAAACACUCAGGAGCUAUGGACCUACCCCAGGAUUCAGUUGUGUACAGGAAUCAGAAUAUGAGGAGGAUGAAUGGCCAGAUGAGCUUGGAAUGCCAAAACAUUGGAAAGAUAUACCUCAAGAUGACAGAGAUUCACCAAGUAACACCCUGCGAGCAGUGAAGAGACGCACUGAAAUAGGACUUUAUGGUGCAGCGGCUAUCCUGGCGUCUGUUGCCAUUGGAUUUGACAUUCGUGGUGUGAAUCUAGCAAUUUACCAAAGUGGAUCUGUAGAUCAGGAACGAGAACGCUUUAGCCCUGUCACUGUGCUGGAUAAUGAUGCUACUGGUACGGACCAAAGACCAUCAUCAUUUAUUGGGGGUUCUUCACGGAUGCCUUAUGAUGCCAUUGGUGCAUCACCAACUCUGUCGGCUUCUUCCACAGCGCGGUUAAUACAGCUGUCCCCAAUAUCUUCAGAGAAUUCAUCCCCAGACUUCAAGAGACAAGAAUCUUAUACAGUGUUUGAUCCUCAAAAGACUCCAGUGACUGUUAAAGAGAAUGCUGCCUUUGCAUAUAAAGAUGAGCCGACUCUGAAAUUUGUUAAUGAUGUUGCUGCUCAGUUCAAUUACGCACAACCCAAACCUCAACCUCCAGUGCGGUCACAUCGACGCACUUCAUCCGAUGGCAGUAUUGGUAGUUUUAAAACACCCUCAGACGCAAGUGGACCUAUCUUUGUUCCAACUAGAAAAGAGGAAGUCAUAAAUGCAGGCAAUGGUACUGACAUGUCACCUCGUUUUCCUGACCCACCACUCCCACCUCCCAGAAGAUCCAGCGGAAUUUUCAGUCCCGAGAGCACUGUACCCGAAAGACCCCGAACAUUGGAGAUUCAAGCACGUCCGCGGCCACUAGGUUCGAAAACAAGAUACCCCUCACCAUCUCGGUAUUCGACAACAUCUACUAUAAAAGCAUCGCCUAGCAAAACGCCGACAACUGGAAACCUGACAACCAUGAGUAGAAAUUACAGUGAAUCUAGUGAUGCAAGCACACCUACACAAGGAAGAGUACAUUUUGAACCAGAAACUAUCACAAUCCACCGCAAGACUUUAUUGGAUGAAGAGAUGGAAGGAGAAAGUGCCGACAGCACGUUACCACUCGUCACGCCAAGACCGCCACCCCCUAAACAGCCCACAAUAACAGAGUUGGAAAUGGAGUUUUUAUAGCUUUCAUAGUGCUGAUAUAAAGUGUGUGAUGUGUGUGUAAACAAGUUGUCUCCUUGGCAACCAUGCAUACCUUUGAUAUGGCUACGAGCUGAAGCAAUACAUUAUAACAAGCCAGUCAAGGUGUCAAGCAAUUAUUCUACUCUAAUAUAUCUCAAUUUAUUUCAAUAUGUGCCUUGAGUAUAUAUUAAUGAGUCAGUCAUGACUGAGAGUAAGUUUACUGCUAAAGUGUUGAGAAUACAUGCAGUCUUUAUGUAUAUUUAAACAAAUUCUGAACUGAAAUUCUCAAUGUUAGUCCUGCAAGCCCAUAUGUAACAUAAUUAUUGAAAUUUCUUGUCUGGCACAAGAAGCUUGACUGGACAUUGAUUAUGAUAUAGCUGUGAUUCUGAAUGAUGUUGUAAUGUUAUUAUUAUUAUCUGAUGAUUCAAUGCCCAUGUUUUCCAUUUGUCCAUGUAUUCUGUCAUAAUAUUUUAGUUUUGUUAUUAAUUUUGUUAUUGUUCUGUUGAUUUUUUUAAAGAAAAUUGAAGAAUGGAAAAAAAAUGCAACAUAAUAAUUAUAUGCUGUUAUUUUUAUAGAAUUGUAAUCACAGGUGAAAAAAAGCACUUAUACUACCUUAGAGGGGGGGGGGGACACCAUGUUACAAUGAGGUUGUGUAAUUGACACUACUAGUGCAAACUAACUAAUACCCCAAUGUUUGAUUGUUCACUGGUUGCAUACAGAUUUUGAGGGAAAGUGACAAAAUCCACAAUUUCUGAAAAAAAGCGUUACCUGACUUACCAAAAUGAUAUUAAUAGUCAGUUAUUUUCCAUGAUAUCAAACCUCACAUUUCUGAGACAAUUUUUUGUAAUAUUCAGAAAACAAAACAAAAAAACUGUUCAAAUUUUAUCCAAUGCAUAAUCUGACAUGAUAUUAUGCAUAAAAUGCUGUCAACAACAAAUAUUCUAACCUAUUGUUUGAUUUCACAUGGUGUCAAUAUACAAAUCCUUCUGUCCAUUGCCAUCAUUGUCGACUCCACUUUCAUCUCACUCAUAUACUGCCAGCCAAGAAUUCAGUUCAUUUUCACAAAUGCUGCUGCUAAUGCUGGUUCUUUUCGUUUUUAAGAUUUGAAAUCUUUUUUUAUAUAUAUAUUUUACAAAUUUGGCUUUGGCGUCUUUCAAUUAUGUGUACAGUUUUCUUCAAAACAAGUUUUAUAAAUUAAAUUUUUUGGGACUAAAACAAACAUUUACAUGAAAAUAGAGUUUGGUAAAAUGGGAUGGGCAGUUGGAUUUUGAAGUAUUUCAUGAACAAUUGAAAAUUGAUUGUUUUUUUGUUGGAUAUUAGCAUGGAACAAUUGUUGAUAUAUUCAGGUUGCUGUGUCCAGAUGCAAGUGGUUGUAUUUCUACCUGAAUUUUAACAAUUCAGCCACAGUUCCAUGUCUUGAUUGCUGUAAACCAUGUUUUAAUAUUUGUAUACAGUGAGAAUCAUGUAUUUAGAUAUGCAACAGUCUGUUUAUUCACUCAGGGUUAACACAAUAGCUUAUUGUUUUCUAAAAUAUUAUGAAUUGAGUACUCUCUACCUCCCAGCUGACAAACAUUUGUGAAAGUAUCACGGGCCUCUUAAACUCAGGAGCAGAACACAUCAUGAUAUUGUUGAUGUCAUUACGUUUUGUUCCUACCCCUAUCACUGCCUAGUUUGCCAUGAAUCGUUCUGGCCCAGCCAGACACCAUUUACACUUCCCUCAACUUCCCUACCUAGAAGAUUACCUCAAAUACUGGUAUUGUCAAGAGGCCCCGCUUUUGCAAUGAUGAUGUCAUGUCUGUGUGAGCAUCUACUUUAUUGUGUACAAGUGGUUUCAGGUGUGAGGAGUUGUUACAUUUUCAAUUCAAGGGUGCACAUGGUAAACAAUUCAUUGUGUUUUGUCUUCUGGGGAUGCUCACCCUUUGAAGGGCAAAAGUCUGUGUAUUAAGCAGUGCCUGCAAAAAUGCUUUAAAACAAGAAGAUUUUUAUGCUCAAAACUACAGCAAGAUAGCAGUGUAAAGCAUGGGGAGUGAAAAAAGACGCUUAGUUAGGUUGUCAUUUUAUUGCCAGAGCUGUACUGUUGUGAUCCACUAGAGGAGGUAGUAUGUUAUUGACGACUAUUGUUAUCAAUGACAUGCAGUCCAGAAAGUCAUGCCCAAGUAGUACCCCGACUAAGAGUAAAUGGUAGAGAGCUCUUCUGACAUUUCAAACCGUGAUAUAAUGUAUGUAUUCCCAUGUUACUUCAGUAAAACACCUCAAAUUAUCAGUUUCUGGCUAUGUACAAGAUUUAUAUUUAUUACAUUCAAUAUGCAAAUUCUAAUGAGGUUA